GCUAGUAAAGUCCAUAAUCAUUUGUCCAUCCAAUUGCUUGCUUCCACUAUGUUGCACUCUGUUAGUUUGACUGCAUCUAGGCUCAUCGCAGCCCGGACUCUCUCUCUGUCCAAGGCAGCGGCAAAGACAUCUUCCCUCUUUCGAUCUUUUUCAACGUCAGAUGGAACGUUUGACCUUACCGGGUGUUUUCAAACACACAAUCUCGAUUCAGCGCCUUCGGAGAGUGUCACUGCUACGAAACAAGAGCUUGUUGAUAUCUUCGAACUGAUGUACACCAUGCGACGUAUGGAAAUUACCUGCGAUAAUGAGUAUAAGGCUCGCAACAUUCGUGGGUUCUGUCAUCUAUACGAUGGACAAGAAGCCGUGGCGACCGGAAUUUUGAACGCUUUUGAGCCGGAAGACUCGUGGAUCACUUCCUAUCGCUGUCACUGUAUCGCUUUAGCGAGAGGUGGAUCAGUCCGUCAGGUUGUCGGUGAGCUGUUUGGUGUCAUUGACGGCAUGUCCAGAGGAAAAGGUGGAUCCAUGCACUUUUACAAUAAAAAGCACAACUUCUUUGGAGGACAGGGGAUUGUAGGUGCACAAGUUCCGGUCGGCGCCGGCCUUGCCUUCGCUAACAAGUACAAUGCCAAGCCAGGAGAGAAGAUGAAUGUUGCCAUCGCGUGUUACGGUGAUGGUGCGGCUAAUCAAGGACAGAUCUGGGAAUCUGCCAACAUGAGUGCCCUUUGGAAGCUUCCCAUGAUUUUCUGCAUUGAAAACAAUCACUAUGGAAUGGGGACAUCAAUUGAUCGCCAUUCGUCGAUAUCUGAUUACUACAAGAUGGGGAACUCCAUUCCUGGGUUACGUAUCGAUGGAAUGAACGUACUGGCGGUACGCGAAGGCAUGCGCUUUGCAAAAGAAUUUUGUGGCAGCGGCAACGGACCAAUGUAUGUUGAAAUGAUGACGUACCGAUACCACGGUCAUUCCAUGUCGGACCCAGGAACCACCUACCGGAAUCGCGAAGAAAUUGCCUUUACUCGUUCUACUCGCGAUCCUCUUGAAUUCGUCAAGAAGUGCUUGUUAGACAAUGAGUUCAUCGACGAAGCUGAGAUCAAGUCGACGGAGAAGCGCAUCCGCAAGUCAGUUCAGGAAGAAGUCAUGAAGGCAAAGGAGUCCACAAGUCCUCCUCUGGACGAACUCACCAAGCACAUCUUCGCCACAUCCUUGGAGCCUCAGUGCGACUCGGAAUAUCCACCCCAUAUUCGUAUGCCGAACUACGAAAAGUCUUUCUGGGCCAAUGGUCAUCGUAAUUGAUUACAAGACAAGGCAAACGCAGUAAGUACCUGACAAUUACAUCAUUUAAGGUUAUCAUUCACUUUCUCUCGUCAAACAUAUUUUGCAAGUACACAAAAGGUCGCAUAAAUCAAGUAGUGUAAACGCUACCAUCCGUCGAACAAUCCUUUACCGACUUCCGAACUUUGGCUUUUCUUGCCAUCCAAUAUUGCACCAUCGCUUGGAUCGUUCAGCAUCGGCGGAAGCUGUAAGCCGCGUUCUCUCGCCUUCCCCAUAGCCGCAGUGGCUCGUUGCAACUGCUCUUCCUGUAGUCUUUCGCGGUCCAUUUCCUCUUUUCUUGACCGUGUGUGUUCCAUAAUGUCGCGUUGACCUUGGUCACCGUCAGAAACAGGCGCAACUUGAAGACAAACCAGUCCCAUCCGUUGUGCCCGAAAGUCUUGAAGGAUUUUUCGCGCAGCGUCCUCGGGGUUGCCCUGGCAGGUAUUGUCGGCAACCUCAAACAGCACAUCUUCUCCUGUUUUCGGCACUCCCGUACCAUCGUCGAGUAACUUAUCCUGCAAAGGAUCUACACCAUAUCGAGAUUUGCAAUUGGCGUGCCAGUCAGGGGCAGACAUUUUGCCGUAUCCAAGCCGGUACAAACUCAUUAACCAUUCGCACAAGUAAGCUGCAACAGCUUGAUUGUCGUACGCAGCGUCCCCAAUGCAAUUACAUGCAGCCAGCAACGUGGCGUCCGAUUGAUCCACGAUUGUCGCAGGAAUAAUUCCAGGAGAGUCCAGCAAUUCAAACUCUUUGCCGCGCUUUGUUUUGGAGUCAUCGGUACGUACACGUAUCCACUGGAGCGCUCGCGUAACGCCGGGUGUAUUGGCCGUCCGAGCUCGCCUUCGACCCAACAGUCUAUUGAUGAGAGCUGACUUGCCCACAUUCGGGUAUCCAAUCACUCCAACCCGCAACGGACGCUCUUUGAGCCCUCUGCGUUCUCGACGUUCUUGUACAUGUGAUCCAGCCUUGAAGAUCGCGCGAGUCAAGGCAUGAAUACCGGCUCCCUGUUUAGCAUUGACGAAUAACACAUCUUCGACUGUAGAAGCAUCACCGCCAUUUUUGUUUAUUUGAGUCUUCCUUGAUUUGGAAGUUUCUGGCAUGCUGUACUUGAUACGUUCACGGGCAGCCUGGCGGGCUUGAUUCUGAAUCUGUCGAUCAACGGUGUCGGCCUGAUCAGGGUGUUCGGCACCGAACUGAUCAUACGCUGCGAGCCAUGCGUUUCGACUAUUGGCAGGAAUGGCGUCCACGUGUGUGAGAACGACGAGCCGAGGUCUCCCUGCACACCAGUUGCCCACCAUAGGGUGCGACGUUGCUUUUGCCGCUCUAGCGUCGCGGACCUCAACAACGACAUCAACAGCUUUAAAGGUUUCCUUCAGCAGACGUUCUGCCUUGGCUAUAUGACCAGGGUACCAUUGUACCACGGGUCUUUGAUAGCCCGAGCUCGAGACGUCGUCAAUUUCGCCGAGAUUUGGCAGAGAUGAAUGAAAUCCUCUUCUUCCGUUCGCGGAUGGCAAUGAAACUCGCUUGACAACUCCAUUUCGAAUGGGUAUAAAGGAACUGCGUGCCGCAGGCCCGAUGGUACGAGCUAAGGCCAGCUGCAUGCACAACAUAAAGCAAAAUAACAAAAGUACGGUAAGUGUGCGCCGCUGCCUUUGACCGAGAGGCUUUAUGGAACAAGACAGUAGUGCAGGUAUGCAAGCAACAGGAUUGUUCCUCACUAAAUCUUCUGUGGUGUGAGGGCUCUCCAUCGACCAGCUAUCAGAGAGCAGGCAAUCAGUCUCACCCAGAACGAGACUUCACCUUACUGCAAUAUCUUCACGUCCUUGCCUUAUUUGAAUGAUACUUGAAAGAACUGUUUAAUUGGCUUUUCAGUCUUCAUCCUUGUUUAUCCAUCGACUAGGUAGCAGCUGCCUAACGUCGUCGCUGUCCAGUUGUUUUUCCAAUUCUUGAUUGGGGAGUGUUUCUUUGCUUUGCCGUGGAUUUCAG